AUGGACCGUAGCGUUACUAAAGAAACAUACGACAAGAUGUUCCACCUGUCUCAUGCAAAUUUACAGAACCCCAUAAAUUCAAGAGGAAAUACGAUUUAUAGAUUACCAUUAUAUCAGACUGAUUUAGAAAACUACAAGAACUCUUACUGUUCAAAGGAUUCGCCAUAUGCCACACCAAAUGAAAAUCGAUUACCGUGUGACAAAUCUGAUAAUAGUUGGAUAAUGGCUACUGAAGGAUCUGAAGCGAAUAAACUAAAGGAAAAUGUAAGUGGAAAUGCAAUUUUAGGCUGUUCCAAAGCUGAUAAGCCAUCCUAUGAAAAACAACGGGCCUCCUUAUUACGCACACAACUCUCACGGCCAACUGUUGGAUUAGACCGAUCAAGAAUCACUCAAGAAAUAUAUCAGGCGAAGUCCAAACCAUACACUGAAGUACAAUUCGUGUGCACUCCUUCUCUUUCGGGCUCUUUGAAUACCGAAUUCAAAGAUAGAAGCGGGCCAGCUUUGAACCUGCCUUUGGCAGAUGAUAACUCGAAAUUAGACUUAUCGACUUUGCCAAAACGAAAAAACACUCAGGUAGCUCCAUUUUGUAAUGAAGUUGAUCUCUAUGAGGAAAAUAACGACGAUUCCAUAUUGCUAAAUUUGUUUACAGAAGAAAUAAAGUUAAAUGAUACGGAUUAUAAAGAAACACCAACCACACAUGUACCGGUUCUAAAAAAAUUAUUAAACGGCUUGAAGUAUUAUUUUGACUUCCUGAAGUCUGAAGCAGGACAAAGACGUCGAACCAAGAAUGUUCAAUUGGAAGCAAAAACUUAG